CCUCUCGCCCUCCGGCCGCUCGCGUGGGCCCCGCGGCCGCCGUCCCCGUCCCCGCGCGCCCGGCGCCAUGGCCCCGCUGCUGCUGCUGCUGCUGGCGGCCGGCGGGGCGGCGGGGCGCGCUCCCGGGGACGGGCGUCCGGGCCAGCUCGUCAGCUCGUCGUUCGUGCUCAAGGGGGACGCGACGCACAACCAGGCGAUGGUGCACUGGACGGGCGACAACAGCAGCGUGAUCCUGAUCCUGACCAAGUAUUACCAUGCAGACAUGGGCAAGGUUCUGGAAAGUUCUCUGUGGCGGUCCUCAGACUUCGGGACCACCUACAGCAAACUGACGCUGCAGCCUGGGGUCCCCACGGUCGUGGACAGCUUCUACAUCUGCCCAUCCAACAAGAGGAAGAUCAUCCUGGUCAGCUCCUCGCUCAGCGACAGGGACCAGAACCUGUUCAUCAGCACGGACGAGGGCGCGACCUUCCAGAAGCAGCCCAUCCCCUUCGCCGUGGACGCGCUGAUCUUCCACCCCAAGGAGGAGGACAAGGUGCUGGCCUGCAGCAAGGAGAGCCAGCUCUACAUGUCCGUGGACCUGGGGAGGACGUGGACGCUGCUGCAGGACCGCGUGACCAAGGACCGAGUGUUCUGGGCCGUGUCUGGGGUGGACGCCGACCCGGACUUGGUCCACAUGGAAGCCCAGGACGAGGGAGGAGGCUGCCGCUACGUGACGUGCCGCCUGCACAGCUGCUCCGAGAAGACGCGGGUGAGCCCCUUCUCGGGGCCCAUCACCCCCGACUCCCUGGCCGUGCAGGACGAUUACAUCUUCCUGAAGACAACCUCGGCAAACCGAACCAAAUACUAUGUCUCCUACCGUCGCGGCGAAUUUGUCCUGAUGAAGCUGCCCAAAUACGCACUGCCCAGGGACCUGCAGGUCAUCAGCACGGACGAGAGCCAGGUGUUCGUGGCGGUGCAGGAGUGGUACCAGACCGACACCUACAACCUCUACCAGUCGGACCCGCGCGGAGUGCGCUACACGCUGGUGCUGGAGGACGUCCGCAGCUCACGGCGGGCCGAGGAGAGUGUCCUCGUUGACAUCCUGGAGGUGCGGGGAGUGAAGGGCGUCUUUUUGGCAAACCAGAAACGAGAUGGGAAGGUAGUGACGCUUAUAACCUACAACAAAGGCCGAGACUGGGGUCACCUGCAGCCCCCCAGCACGGACAUGAAUGGGAAGCCCACCACCUGCAGGCCGCCUGACUGCCAUCUGCACCUGCACCUGCGCUGGGCUGACAACCCGUAUGUGUCGGGCACCGUCCACACCAAGGACACUGCCCCCGGGCUCAUCAUGGGCGCAGGAAACCUGGGCUCGCAGCUGGUGGAGUAUAAGGAGGAGAUGUAUAUCACGUCCGACUGUGGGCACACCUGGCGCCAGGUGUUUGAGGAGGAGCACCACAUCCUCUACCUGGACCACGGCGGGGUCAUCGUGGCCAUCAAGGACACCUCCAUCCCCUUGAAGAUCCUCAAGUUCAGCGCCGACGAGGGCCUCAGCUGGAGCACGCACAACUUCACCAGCACCUCGGUGUUUGUGGACGGGCUGCUGAGCGAGCCGGGGGACGAGACGCUGGUGAUGACCGUCUUUGGCCACAUCAGCUUCCGCUCGGACUGGGAGCUGGUCAAGGUGGAUUUCCGGCCCGUGUUCUCCAGACCAUGCGGGGAGGCCGACUAUGACCCCUGGGACCUGACCAACCUCCAGGGCGACCGCUGCAUCAUGGGCCAGCAACGAAGCUUCCGGAGGAGGAAGGCCACGUCCUGGUGCAUCAAGGGCCGCAGCUUCUCGUCGGCCCUCAGCGCCCGCGUGUGUCAGUGCCGCGACUCCGACUUCCUCUGUGACUACGGCUUUGAACGUGCCCCUGCCUCAGAGUCGGGUGCUCCCGAGUGUGCCGCCAACUUCUGGUUUGACCCACUGAGCCCACCCGAAGACUGUGCGCUGGGCCGGACUUACCCCAGCAGUGCCGGGUACCGCAAGGUGGUGUCGAGCGUGUGCGAGGGCGGCGUGGACCUGCAGCAGGGCCCAGCGCAGCUGCAGUGCCCCCUGACGGCGCCCCGGGGGCUGCGGGUCAGCAUCCGCGGCGAGGCGGUAGCCGUGCGGCCAGGCGAGGACGUGCUGUUCGAGGUGCGGCAGGAGCAGGGCGACGUUCUGACCACCAAGUACCAGGUGGACCUUGGGGACGGCUUCAAGGCCAUGUACGUGAACCUCACAUUGACCGGGGACCCCCUCCGCCACCGCUACGAGCGCCCCGGUGUGUACCGCGUGUGUGUCCGGGCGGAGAACGCGGCCGGGCACGAUGAGGCGGUGCUCUUCGUCCAGGUCAACUCUCCCCUGCAGGCCCUCUACCUCGAAGUGGUGCCUGUGGUUGGCGUCAACCAGGAGGUGACCCUCACGGCCGUGCUGCUGCCCCUGAACCCCAAUCUCACGGUCUUCUACUGGUGGAUCGGCCAGAGCCUGCAGCCCCUGCUGUCUCUGGACAACGCGGUGAGCACGCGCUUCGCGGAGCCGGGGGAUGUGCGCGUGACCGUGCAGGCGGCCUGCGGCAGCUCCGUGCUGCAGGACUCCAGGGUGGUCCGAGUGCUCGGUGAGUUCCCGGUGGUGCCCCUGCAGUUCUCCCAGGUCCUGGACGCACACAACCCCAACACCCCGGAGUGGAGAGAGGACGUCGGCCUGGUGGUCUCCCGGCUCCUCUCCAAGGAGGCCGGCAUCCCUGAGGAGCUGCUGGUGGCCGUGGUGAAGCCGGGGCUGCCCACGCUGGCCGACCUGCACGUGCUGCUGCCCCCUCCUAAGCCCACGCGGAAGCGGAGCAUCGGCAGUGACAAGAGGCUGGCGGCCGUGCGGGAGGCGCUGCGGGCGCAGAAGGUCAGCUUCCUGCUGCGGGGCGGCGUGCGCGUGCUGGUGGGCGAGCGGGCGGCGGGCACAGAUGUGCAGCGGCAGGGCAGCGGCGGCUACUGGGCGGCAGCCGUGCUCUUCGCCGUGGGGCUCUUCGCCGUGGGCGCCUUCAUCCUCUUCAAGUUCAAAAGGAAACGCCCCAGCAGGACCGUGUAUGCCCAGAUGCACAACGAGAAGGAGCAGGAGAUGACAAGCCCCCUGGGGCCGCCGCAGGGGGCGCAGAGUGGCAGCCGGGGCGAGGAGUUCAGGGAUGACGAUCUGGACUCACACACGCUAGGGAACCACUCUGGCGUGGUGCUGAGCAUUAACUCCCGGGAGAUGCACAGUUACCUGGUGAGCUGAUGCCCACCCUCCUGCUCCCCGGCCGUGGCCACCGCCAGGACGCCUCCUCCUCCAGCGGUCCCCACGCCAGGCCUCCGAUGGCCCCCCGGUUCAGCUGCAGCCCCCCGGUCCAUAGUCGCGGGGCUCCACGGCCCCUCCCUGGAUAUCAGGCCUCACCCGUCUGCGGAUCAUGCUGUCUCCACCCCAGGUCGCCCAGGCCCGGGGCCUGACCCCUCACGGCGGUUUCCCGCGGCUCCAGGGCGAGCCUGCCUGGCUACCUGACCAGACCCGCAGAACCCCCCGCCCCUGCACUGCAGCCCCAGCCCCCAGAACCGCCCGAGCUUCCCUCCCAGCUCUAGCGCUGUGUCCCCAUAAACUGCGGCUCGGAGCCGUGCUGCCGGCAAUGCCUCAACUUCCCGCCAGGGGGGCGCAGCUGAUGGUGGCGUCCGGGAUCCUUUUCCAGGGGUGGCGUCGCACCCUAGAACCCUGCAGGCCUUGAGCAGGGCGGCCUGUGCCCGAGGCUUAGUGGGUGUGGGGGCUCGGGCACGCAGAGGGCCGGCCAGAGGUACCCGGCGUGCGGUUCCGCUGGCACCGCCUGGAGCAGGGUUGCCCCCCACAUCUGCACCUGGGUCCGGAGAUUUUCACCUUUUGCCUUGAAACAGGAACUCGGAACCGUCCCAUGCACCACCGGGGAGGAGCUGGGGAAGGGGCUUUCCCUGCCGCUGCGGGGAUCCCCCAGGGCCCCAGCACGAUGCGGGCCAGCAGAGGGGGCGCUGCCCAGGGCCACCUCCCGCUGCCAACAGGACCUCGGAGAUGUACAGGAAGGGGCAGGGGUCGCUGUGGGGACCUACCCGUUCCCACCACCUGCCCACUCCAAGGUCCCCCUUAAGGGACACCUGGGCUCCACCCUCCACCUCCUGGCCUGCCCCUCAGACACAAGGUCAAACCCGCCAGCUCCCCUCGGACACACGCCUGGCGCCCGCAGUCCCCAGGGCCUGCGGGCCCCCCCUUCAGAGCGGGAGCUCGCUCCCAUUCACUUUCCUCUCUGCGUGUUGAGAGGGACUCAGAGGGUGUGGGGCAGGUGCUGGGCUAACUGCAGCGACCCCAGGGGGUGACGCCUCGGGGUGGGGUCCACUGUCACCCUCCCAGGUGUCUGGCUGGAGCAGGUGCCCAAAGACGCCAACCUUCUUAGUUUUCCUUUUUAAAGACCAAUAAAUCGUUUGAGAUGCUUUUAACAAAGAUUAAACAAAGAUGAUCUGCA